AUGGCUGGAAAAAAAUACCAUCAGAACUACAGGACUAAGAAGCAGACCAUCUCCAGAUGCACCAUAACAGAGCUGCGGUUCCCUGUGACCUGUGUGGACCGCCUCCUGAGACAAGGUCACUAUGCCCAGCAUCUAAGCUUUUUUACACCCAUUUUCCUGGCUGGUGUCCUUGAGUACCUAACAGCUAACAUCCUGGAUCUGGCAGCUCAGAAGGCCGAGAGCAACCGCAGGGCACACAUCACCCCGGAUCAUGUGAAGAAGGUGCUGGAAAAGAACCCGCAGCUCUGCCGCCUCUUCAAGGCUAACACCAAAUCCCUGGGAACUGACAAGGCCUACAAGAGUAAGAAGUAA